GGGAGGACCCCUUUCACCCCACCUUUACCCCGCGUUAUAAAGGACUGAAAUCAAAAUUACAAUAUUGCAAAUCAACCAACAGUGCUGUCAUACAUAAUGUAUGGGGUCAUCUGGACGUGCUGAAUUGUAUCAAAGAAGGGUCCCAGAGGCAAAGAAAUCAUUAUUCAGUCGGACUAUAAUAUUAAAGCGAGUAUUUUUUUACUGUUUGGAAGAAUCGAUACAUCAAAUAAUUCAGAAUCAAGUAAACAUCCACUGAAUUAGGUUCAUAGCAAAUUAACAGCCUCUUCACAGAGAGGGAUAUUAUGAAUUAAUUAUUAUCGAGUUAAGAUUUAUUGAAAAAUCCAGAAAUAUUGUCACAGUAUGAAACUAAAGGGAUUUAGUGUUCAUUUAAACACUUCAAGGCCCGCGUGCGCUCCUUAGACCAUGGUUUUCCUUCGACUAACAUCUUUUCUCAUUUUGAACAUCGUUAACGUAGAAUGUGUUCGUGGUAAUGAUAAUUACAUCAUUACAAAGGGACUAUAUGAUAAGCUUUUCAGUGGAAAUUACAGUUCCGAUAUUCUCCCAAUUUGUGACAAGGGUGAAACAGUGAAUAUAACCAUUAGUACGGCUCUCCGUGAAGUAGUCGAAAUCAACGAAAAAUUCCAAACGCUGAAGCUGAAAAUCUGGGUUCGUUUUAAUUGGAGAGACUGCAACCUUCAAUGGAAUUCCUCACUUUUUGACGACGUUGAUCUUAUCCACGUUCCUUAUGAGAAGAUCUGGAUUCCAGACAUCACUCUGUACGAAGGGACCAGCGAGUUUGGGAGUAUGCCACAGGUCAAAGACUACAGAGCGGCUAUAUCGUCUGAUGGACAGGUCCAAUAUAAUUUCCCGUCCACCGUCACCACAGCCUGUUCCAUUGAUGUCACCUACUUCCCUUUUGAUAUUCAGAGAUGCAGUCUGACCUUCGGGUCGUGGAUUCAUUCUAUGAAGCACCUGGGAGUGUAUCAGUCUUCAGCCUCGGCAGACACGUCUGCCUUUCUGAACCACAAUGAAUGGCGGCUUAUCUCCAUGGAAUCGAAUCGACUCGUCAGUUACUACAACUGCUGUGCCUAUCCUUACUCCAAGGUGUCAUUUCAGUUGGUGAUCAAGCGAGAACCUAAGUUUUACAUAAUCACUAUCAUUUUCCCGUGUAUUCUCGUCACUAGCUUGGCCUUCAUUGGCUUCUGUCUCCCGCCAUCUUGCAGCGAGAAGAUUUCGCUACAAAUCACAGUUCUCCUCUCCAUCACAGUCUUCCUGCUUCUUAUUCAGGACAAGCUUCCGUCGUCAUCAGACACGUUUCCGGUCAUUGCUUAUUUCUUCACAGCGUCAAUGAUACUAGUCUGUGUCGCCUGCAUCAUGGCAGGACUGGUUCUCUUUACCUACUACAAACGACUGUCAGGAAAGGCCGUCCCCAAAAUUCUUCGAAAAAUCUUUCUUAACGUCCUCUCUGAUGUCUUCUGUGUAAAUUAUGAAGAAUGCGUCUCCAAAGACAUCAACGUUUCUGCAGUAUUUAGUGAAGUGAGAGAAAGGAGAAUGUCUAGUGUGUACCUGAAGGAUGCAUUGAGGCGAAGAGAGUCCUUUGCAAGCAAGAAAAUUCAGAAACAGAUGCAUGAAGACAUACCAGAGGAAAGCAGUGUUUUGUCAAUUCCGCUCUCACUAAAGAAUGGUGACAAUGGGCAUAUUUCAAGAAGAGAAUCCCUUUCAAGUGUUUUUGUUGAGGCUGAGAAGAACAAAGACAAAAAUCACGACAAUCUGAAAGACUUGGAAAAAGUAAUCCAUGAAUGGGUCCACUUAGCCCACGUUAUAGAUAGAUUUUGUCUGGCCUGUUACACCAUGAUUUACUUCACAGUGGCAGUCACCUUUAUUGUUUUGUAUAGCUAGAGAUUUAAAGGUGGCGGUUGCAUUUAUCAUUUUGUAUAGCUAUGGAUCUAACAGUGGUGUUCAUCUUCACUGUUUUGUACAGGUAAAGAUCUGACAA